GAGCAUUCGUCACACAAUACAAGCUCAAAAGUAAAAGAGAGGAAACUACAAGGGACUUGUCCUCCUGUUGGUCGUGGAAACUAUGGAAAACCAUGUUUGAGUGAAAGCAGUCAUAGGUCCCCAUUUUUUAAUCCCCGUAACGGUUUUCACACGAUACAUUCAGAGCACAGUCCUGUGAAGCCAAGGAUUAUUACAGUGGUGAAACCUGGUGGACACACACUUAGAAGGAUAACCUUGCUUCUCAACAGGAGAUCAGUUCAGACCUUUGAACAGCUGAUGGCUGACAUUUCAGAAGCUCUGGGAUUUCCACGCUGGAAGAAUGACCGUGUGAGAAAGCUUUACAAUCUGAGAGGCAGAGAAAUCCGAAGUGUUUCUGACUUCUUCAGGGAAGGCGAUGCAUUCAUAGCUAUGGGGAGGGAGCCCCUCACUUUGAAGAACAUGGAAGUGGUAUUACAAGAACUUUAUCCUGAAAAUCCUUAUGCUGCCACUGCUGCCAUUCAGCAGAACGAGGAGCAGUCCCAAAAAUUGAAGAGCAGGCUGUAUGACAAGGCUUCAAAAGUGGACAGUGGCUUUGAUGAGACAGAAAUUACCAAGAACUGCAGUGAUGGCGUGUCUCCCAAACUGGUAGCUGGACAUGAAGGAAAAUGUCAAGCCAAGACAAAGCAAGAAGAAAAAAUGAGAACCAAAAAAAAGUGGACUAGAGAGAGCUGGGGUGGUGAACAAGGAGUGAAGCCUUCUAGAAAAACCCGAGAAAGCGAGAGGUACCUUAACCACGAGAGGAGUCUUGAGGAGGGAUUAGAAGAGAGUUCAGAAGAGGUGGUGAGGUGUGAGAAGUGUGAACGGGAACGGGAAAGGCAGGCCAGAGAAAAGUUACAAAGGCAAAGGCGGGCUGAGGCCUCAUUUGAGAACAGAGACCUGAACACAGGUGCAUGUCAGAGGUACCAUGUAGAAAGAAAUGCAAAACUCGGGAAUUGCCGAAAAUCUUCAGAAACUUGUCUGGAAGCAGAAGUUGGUUGGAAAGAUAAUGGCUGUAGGAGGACAUGGAAGCCCCUACAUAGGAAUGUUAAUGAAGGGCUGGAGAAGCAAAAAAGGAGCAUUGAGAAGGAAAGGGAUGUGGGGAAACGUGAAAGCCGUGGGAAGGAAGUAGUAAAAGUCAAGAAGAAUGCUGUAGAAGGGCUGCAGCUAACUCAUGAAGCGAAGGAAGAGAGUGGAAGUAGCUGCGUAAUGAAUCAAAGUGGUUGGCUAAAGAAGGACACUCCGAGGGAUGCUGAGAAACCAUCUAAAACACAUAGGGAGGGUAGAGAAGGACAAAGGGCUAAAGAGGAGGGUGCCAGAAGAGAGGGGAAUAUCAUGCGUAGAGAGAGUGACAUGACACGACGAGAAAAAACAGGGGAGCGCAGAGUGAAUAAAGAAGAAAACAAGGCUCAGGGAUUGGAAAACGCAAGCCGGAGGCAUGCCAUUAAAAACAGAACUGAUGUGGAAAAACAGUAUGAGAUCGGCAGAACUAUUGGGGAUGGGAACUUUGCAGUGGUGAAGGAAUGUCGCCACUGCGACUCCAAUCAGAUCUAUGCCAUGAAAAUUGUUGAUAAAUCCAAGCUGAAGGGGAAAGAGGACAUGAUGGAAAGUGAAAUUCUGAUCAUUAGGAGUCUUUCUCAUCCCAAUAUAGUAAGCUUAAUUGAAGUGUAUGAGACAGAAGCUGAGAUCUACCUAAUCCUGGAGUAUGUCCCAGGAGGGGACUUAUUUGAUGCAAUCAUAGAAAGCGUGAAGUUCACAGAGCAUGAUGCUGCUGUCAUGAUCACUGACCUGUGUGAAGCACUGGUUUAUAUUCACAGCAAGAACAUUGUCCACAGGGACCUCAAACCAGAGAAUCUUUUGGUUCAGCAUAAUGCUGAUAAAUCUACUACACUGAAGCUAGCAGAUUUUGGCCUUGCAAAGCAGGUUACAAAACCCAUAUUUACUGUGUGCGGAACACCAACGUAUGUUGCCCCUGAAAUACUUGCUGAGAAGGGCUAUGGGCUCGAAGUAGAUAUGUGGGCAGCUGGUGUGAUCCUUUACAUUCUGCUCUGCGGUUUUCCUCCUUUUCGCAGUCAGGAACGUGAUCAAGAAGAGCUGUUUCAGAUCAUACAGCUGGGUCACUAUGAGUUCCUUUCCCCAUACUGGGACAAUAUUUCUGCAGCAGCUAAAGACCUCAUAACCAGGCUGUUGAUAGUGGAUCCCCAGAAGCGCUACACAGCACGACAAGUACUUCAGCACCCUUGGAUCAGAACAGCUGGAAAAACUAAUAGUAGAAAUUUGCAGAGGGAAGUGACAAUAAAUAUUGAGCGCCAUUUCCGGGCCCAGCGCCGAAAGGAAGUUGCAGAUGAGGACACAUGAAAUCCUUCAAGCUCGUUUAGUCUUUGUUUUAUUGAUUAACAAAUUAUUUAUGCUUUCUUUUCUAAAUGAAUUGGGCCUUUAGUGUAUAGCUGUUGCUGGCCACCACCAUGCCUUUUUUUUUUAUUCUGAGGUUCUGAAGAAGGACAGGGAUCAAAUUCACAUCUGCUUCCCUCUGAUGUUACUUAGGAGUCUCUCUGUUGACAGCAGUUAGGACUAGAUAUUUCCUGGAGGGUAUCUGUUAUUUUCUUUUAAGUACUGAUUUGGGCUUUUACAUUACAAAAUGUAU